GGCCCCUCCCCCCGCGCGCCGAGGGAGGGGCGAAAGCAGCGCGGCGGAGAGGGCUGAGCCUGCCCGGCCCCCGUAGCUUCCGCUGGGCGGGGCCUCAGGCCUGGCAGGCCGGAAGGCGGCGGCGGGAGAGUCAUGGCCGAUUACUGGAAAUCGCAGCCCAAGAAGUUCUGUGAUUACUGCAAGUGCUGGAUAGCCGACAACAAGCCUAGUAUUGAAUUUCAUGAAAGAGGAAAGAACCAUAAGGAAAAUGUGGCUAAGAAAAUUAGCGAGAUUAAAAAGAAAAGUUUGGAAAAAGCAAAGCAAGAAGAAAAAAUGUCAAAAGAAUUUGCGGCUAUGGAAGAAGCAGCCAUGAAGGCUUAUCAGGAGGAUUUGAAAAGGCUUGGAGUUAAGGCAGAACCUGUAAGCCCAGCCCCGCCAAAAAAGCAGGAAGAAAAGCGGGCAAAGAAGGAAAAGAAGGAAAAGAAGAAAAGAGAGACGAAGGCCCUAGAAAUUCCGUUGGGUGCAAAAAAAGAAUGGGUGUGUGGAUUUUCUUCAGAAGGCUACAAGUAUUACUACAACACCAUCUUGGGAGAAUCGCAGUGGGAGAAACCAGAAGGAUUUGAAGACGACCCUCGAGAGUCGCCAAAGCCAGAGCACUGGGUGGAAGGAGUGAGUGAAAAUGGCCAUACCUAUUACUACAAUACAGAAACAGGAGUAUCAGCCUGGGAGAAGCCUGAUGGUUUUGUAUCUUCUUCAAAUGCAAGCUGUCAAGAAGAAGGCCAUUCUGGAGAGGGCCGGGAAGCAGAUUCAAAGGGAACUGAGUCAGAGGCGGGAAAUGAGGGCAGUCAGGUCAAGCUGCAGAAGCCCCAACAGAAUGCCCAGCAAAAACCAGAAAGCAACGAAGGAGAGGAAAAGCCCCGCAGGCCAAAAAAGAUCAGCCCGUAUGGAGAAUGGCAGGAAGUGAGACCAGAAAGCAUCAAGCCCAAGGGCAGAGCGCCGGACCCACCAAAAAAGUCCCAGGCAGCCUCAGCUGCAGCCAAGCCUUACGGCGAGUGGGAGGAAAUCGCCCCAGAGGAAGACCCCUAUGAAAAAGUAGACUUGGAGCUUCCCAAUACAGAGAACGAUGCCCCAUCAGCCCCGGUUCUGGAAGCACCAGAGGAUGCUAAAAUUAUAUUUAAAGAAAAAACUGUCACUUCUCUGAACGACGCGACAGCAGGGGUAUCAGUUUUCAAAAAGCGGAAGUUUGAAAACGGAAAAUCUAGAAACAUACGACAGAGACUGGACGACCACUGAUAGCUCGACCACACUCUCUGGAUGCUCUUUCAGCGGAUGCAAGGAGAGGAGAUAGAUUUUUAAAGUUCCUUUAUAGAAGAUGGUUAGAAAUUCGGACUUCCAGUCUUCAGAAGUGCCCUAUGUGUAAAUAAGCCUCAUUUUUUUUGGUGACGCUAUUUUUAUUUGCUGGAAAGUAAUUUGCUUCAUUUAAGCAGCUGUGUAAAUACAUAUAUAUAUAUAUUUUUACAUCCCAUAUCAUAUGAA